UCGUGAUGACGUUGAUGGGUGAAGUACAGCCACCACCACCUUCAUCAUCAUCAUCAUCAUCAUCACAGAGCCUCUGUGUGUGUUUACAGUGAGACUCUCCGCUUAACGGAGGACACAUUUUCUUGCUUUGGUGGACGGUGGAUCUGCAGCCCUGUAUACUAAACAGGAGAACGAGCUCUUCAUCAUGAACUGCGACAUAGACGGAGACAUGGAGAACCAGGUGGAGAUGGAGGAGAAGACGAGGUUAAUAAAUCAGGUCUUGGAACUCCAGCACACCCUGGAAGAUCUGUCAGCGCGGGUGGAUGCAGUCAAAGAGGAGAACCUGAAGUUAAAGUCGGAGAACCAGGUCCUCGGCCAGUACAUCGAGAACCUCAUGUCAGCUUCCAGCGUCUUCCAGACCACCGACACCAAGAGCAAAAGGAAGUGAGGUUCCCUCAGGAAGAACCUGUAGUCCCAGGCCAGCAGCUGGGAGGGGAGAUGCAGCGCACAGACGUGGAGAGGGGUUUGUUUUCUCAGCAGACUUGGGGUGUUUUCUGUAACCAUUUGCACUCACAUAUCUGAGUCAAAACUAACAAUUUAAUCAAAAGCAUAAACUGACUUUGACACUCAGAAAUAGCUGAUUAAUGUAACGUUAGUCUGGCCCCAGGUCUGUUUUACAGCAGCUUCCUCUCCACACUACAGACGAGGUAGACAUCACCCUUUAACCACUCACACUAAAACAUAACCAGAAUAUGUAAAUGAAGUGGUUAGGGGUCAUUUGUACCUUGAGUCUCUUCUUAACGCUCGGUCAAAAUAGAAUCUGUAAAAUAACUUCUUAGCUAUUGUUUUACCUGCUUGGUUUUCUGUUUGAGGACAGUUCAGAUUUUCUGUGGUUCUCCCGACCUCCUGACUCAGUGUUCCCGACUCAAACUCCAACCACCUGACAUGCAAGUGGGCCAAAACAAACCAUAAUAUAUAUAUUAUGUAAUAUUUCAAAUACUGUUUAACUGUGAACCUCAUUUUCAACACUGGUUUAUUAUUUAUUUUUUGUAAAGUAUUUUGUACGUCAGCUGGAUCUGAGUUUUUUGGUCUUGGAUGUCAUCAUGUGUCAAACAGCAUGACUGUAUCCCUUCACCUUUAAAGCUGGCAAACAGUAUUACUGAAAAUGGAAAAAAAAAUGUAUUUGAAUGGCAUGUAUGGGUGUCUUUUUGUUGGACAGGUUUGCAUAUCUAAUGAAAUGUUAUUAAAUCAAUAAUACUGUAUAAAGCUGCUGAGAACUUUUUAACAACAGUAGGUGGAUACUAGAUGCAUUCAAGUACCAUUGAGAGCUCAGCAACUAUAGAAGUAAAAGCACAGAGAAACUACGAGUUGUGUCGACUAGAAGUUUAGAUCUUAAUUAACAUCAGUGAUGUUUUUAUUGCUGACACAAGAUUUUCUUUCUGUACUUAAAAGUAUUUGUAAUCAUUUAAAUGUAUGAAGUCACAAAUGAGUAUUGUGGCCCAAAGCAUAAUUGAACACAACGACAGAGGAAACGGUGGGGUCAUAAACGCAGCUCAGGUCUUUCCUGGUUGAAUUGCAGGACGACAGACAAACACUGCAUAUUGCUUUUGGUGUCCUCAUCCUGUAACAACCAUGAGGGGGGGAGGGGGCUGAGCGGGCUAAAGAAGACAGACGAGGGAAGAAUAAGACGCUCUCCCCUUUAACUGCAAGAACAAAAGCAGUUAAGAGGCCUUGAGUGCUAUUGAUCCACUCUGCCAGGCCUUCGCUACAUCGCCUGCCAGAGGAUGGUAUGACCGUAAAAUGUGCUCUACAGCAGAACGGAGGGUGUGUCCUCUAAGACCGCUGCUGCCUCAGAGAGAGGGAAAAAGAAAACAAGAAAAUUUAAAUUUGGAAAACGGUUUUAUUCCCUUUAAAGUAUCCAGUUGAUGUCUGGAAAGUAGUAAUUCAUGUAUAAACAUUGAGUGACUUUGGUGCUGUUUAAAAAGGGAGGAAUUGCUUAUAUUACAGGAGGCUAUAAACACUGUAUAUGCUGUAAUUUAAUGGCGUUAUUUUGAUAUUUUUAACAGUUGUACAGUAUUUCAUUAAUUUCUGGCAUGCUGUCUAUGCCCAACCUACACACACCCUGGUACCAUCUUGUCCUGUGUGUAGACACCCUGCACCUUUUGCUUUUAAAUGUUUUUGUUUUAAUAAAAACCUAAUAUCA